UAGCGGCGCGGCGCGCUCUGUUCUGUGUUUUGCGUUCGAUUUUCAGUCUGUCACAGGGAAAGUGCAAUUCGUACGUGGAAAAUCGCUUUUCAGUGUGAUGGUGACAAAAAUACGACCCAAAUCGAAACGCAUAUACCUUAUUAUACGGUUAUUUUUAAUGCAAUGUGACUGAAUGCUAUAGUGUCUUUUUGUUAAGUUUGGACAAAUUUAAGUAUCGUGCAUCUAUAGGGCGUCAUCUCUCCUGGUCCACCAUUUUUUCAAAUAAUGUACCUUCAGCGAAUUGCAACAGGACAGAUUCUUCAUGCACAACAUCGGAUACUUGUCGCAGCGGUAUUUCUUCAGCUUCUGACAGAAGCACCAACCGAUGCAACUCCCGAGGAUUCCAUAGCUUCGGUCGCAACUACUGAAGAAUCUGAAGACAAUCCUUACUACAAUACCGCAUUUCUGAACGUCACCUUUAAAACGAACAGCGGAUGGAAAUGGGACAAAGCGGAGGUGGGACUAUAUGGUACAGGGUACAUCGGUCCAGCUUACGGACUUCUUAUUCAUGUGACGUCAAAACUCAACCCCGACGAUCAUACGGGAUGUUUAUAUCCUUUUGACAGUUCAAGAUCAGAUAGAAAACUCCCCUCUGCAGGGACAAAGUGGAUAGCGCUAAUGAAAAGAGGCCACUGCAAUUUUGAAAAAAAAGUUGAAAAUGCCUUCAAAAGUAAAGCGGUAGCAGUUUUAGUCUAUAAUGACAGAGCUUGGCCUUCAUUGGAGAAGAUGAAAUUAGCCGAUAUCCCAGAAAGACAUAUCAGUGCUGUAUUUAUUUACAAAUGGAAAGGUGAAGAAUUAAUAAAACUGUCGCAAAAUGACUCAAACGUUUACGUACACGUUACGAUGGCAGCGCAUUCUUCUAAACCAGCAAGUAUUAAUCGGACUUCAGUUUUAUUUGUUUCUAUAACUUUCAUAGUUCUGAUGAUAAUUUCCCUAACAUGGCUAGUAUUUUACUAUGUUCAAAGGUUCCGAUAUAUUCGUACAAAGGAUAAGUUAACACGAAAAUUGGGGUGCGCUGCCAAAAAAGCAUUGUCAAAAAUACCAACAAAAGUUGUAAAAAACAAUGAUAAGGAAGUUCAAGGUGAUGGAGAAUGCUGCGCCGUCUGUUUAGAACCAUAUAAAACGAAUGAUUUACUAAGAAUUCUGCCAUGUAGACAUGAAUUUCACAAACCAUGUGUAGAUCCUUGGCUGUUAGAGCACAGAACAUGUCCGAUGUGCAAAAUGGACAUUUUAAAACACUAUGGUUUCGUGUUUACUGGAAGCCAAGAAAGUAUACUUCAAAUUGAUGGAAUCGCUGAUCAUAUUAUAGAAAAUUCGAAUGCUAGUCAACCUCUAAGUCCACGAGGAGGUGGUAUAAGUCCAAUGCCAGAAAUAAGGGCCAUUGUUAUUACAAAUCAACAGAGACAGUGUCUGUUUGAUAGCUCUGGCGAUGAAGACAACAGUAGAGCGUCCACGCCAAACGAAAUGACGCCCAGUUUGAUGCCAAAGACUGAUUUCCAUCCGACCCGAAUGACCGCAGUACCUCAGGCAGUACCUCAGCCGUCGACGUCACAGUCUCAAAAAGACGACGUAUGCGUUACUUGCGGAGCCCCACGUGACCUACAGCAGCCCUCAACAUCAAAAGCGGUCACGAGUCCAAAAACAAACCAUUAGUCAAAAUAUGUUUUUUUAUCGGUACGGUGUUAAAUGAGUGCUUUAAUAUGAAUUAAACGAACAGAAACUAAUUAGUGUUAAUUGCAACGAGGAAGAACACUUAUAGACGCUCAGUAUAGUUCGACCCUCGAUGAUAUACAGGAUGACCCAGAAAUAAGUACAGAUAUUUUUAACUGGUAGUAUAUUUCGGCCCCACAAACACGCCCUUGAGGUUUUUUUUUGUGAAAAAAAAUCUGAAAAUAUUAUAUUUUUCGGGAUAUUUUAAAAAACUUUUUAGUGCCACUUGUUUAUUCACCUGAGAUUUCUCUACGGUGUAUCUAAACCUUGCAGUGUUGCCACCUCCUACAUUAUCCAUAUUCAAAGUGUUAUUUGUAUUCACUGUAAUUUUAAAUUUGUACACAAAAAAUUACGAGUAUUCUAAUCAUAUCAGUGUCUAUUACUAACAAUUCUAGAAACAAACAACAUUACAACAAAUUAUUUUUACGCAUACCAUACUUUUAUAUUAAUUUUUUAUCUACAGUUAAAAAAAAACUCUUAACAUUGCCAUAUUACGAAGUACUUUUAAUUAAAAAAAAAACAUCCUGUUAAAUAUUUUGAUUGUACAGUACGUUUGUCUGUUCUGUAGCUACGGGGUAUCCGUGAGAGGGGAAACGAUAUUCUCCCGAUGUUUUUCGUAAAAAAUUAGAUGACGCGUCCCAUCAAUAAAAAUUCGACAAAUUUGCAAGUAGCCAAUAAAAUGAGUGGGCGGAGCGAUUUGCGGUGACGUACUCGUCAAGUCGACGUAUAAAAUGUAAUGCUGUUUAUUUAAAUGUUUUUUGUCCGCAUUCCUUUCAUAGACACAGAUCCAGCAGACGUACUUUACUUACCCUUUCAAUGAGAACCAAACUGGGUAAAGUUAUUCUUAUAGGUUUACGAAAUUCAUGGUUAUGCCGCAAAAAAACUAAAAAAAAUUCCGCGAAAAAAAUUCAUAGGCGUGUUUCUGGGGUUGAACUAUACUACCAGUUAAAAUACUUGAACUUAUUUCUGGGAUACCCUGUAUUAUGAUCUAGGAACACACAUAAUCGAUUUCUAAUUUUGACAUUGACCGAUAUCCAUAAAUAAAAUUACAACAAAAAAUUACAAUUACGCGAAAUAAUGUGUGAAUGAAAAUGUACAAUAUAUGACGUAGCAUUGAAAGAUCGUUGAUCAAACUAUACUACAGUGUUGUUCAUCGGAAUGUGUUCCUUGUGAGGAAUUGCAAAGUGAUCUAGUAUUUUUUUACCCCCCCCCC